AUGAUCGGCACCGCUGAUCUGCUAGAUACGAAUCUGCACCAUGCCUCUACGCAUGCGUCAACUGCGGCAGAUCGACCACGGCCACAGGUGACAGAUGCACCUCUAUCCUGCGACUCGCUUCAUCCUCUUCGUCCUUGUCAAGAUUCUUCUCCCUCGCGAUCUUCUCGACCGACCAAUCUGAACUUAUCUCCCAGCGAUGUUUCCAGCGCGAAUAAUGCCGCACCUCACCAAGAUGACUCGACACCCCCGACAUCUGCCAUAUCUAGUCAAGUGGAUGUGCCGCUGAUAGAGUCCCCGACUUCGAUGGUCACGCAGGAGAAGACACAGGAUGAUCGAGGAACCGCUGAGAGCGAAGGUUCACAGGAACCACAGUCUGGGUCAACUUCUCAAAGCCCGCCGCCAAACACCACUUCGGGUGCAAAGCGGACAGCAAGUGGCCAAGUCAAGAGAAUCAGCGUGAACGGGUUAGCCGAUGUUGUUUCCCAUUCCAAUGGUGUCCAUCAUUCGCGCACAUCUGGUCUGAUCUCGCACGGGACCAAUGGAAAUGUUCUCGAGCUCUCACAACAAUUGCGCACGAAACUCAAGUACGCAAUGAUCAAAGUCCAGAAUGGUUGGCAAUCACGUUCCUUGGACGAAGUCGAGUCUUUGGCGUCUCAAUCACCUCGUUCUACAGUCUCCGGGUUCCAACGGUUCAACGAUCCGACUGUCCCUUCUCCACGGACGGUCAUGUCGAGAAAAUAUCAGCAGGAAUCUAGUGAAAGCGAUUCAUCUGACAGUACAGUUGCUCUUGAGAAUCGUGGACUGGUGAAUAUGGUGGGAAGUCCUCCAGUUCCAGUUCCAUCUCGUCGUGCUCUCGCACCACCCGUCGACAUUAUGCCUGCUUCACGACGUCGACCUCCGCCUAACGCAGCCUAUCAUACUGCCAAUGGUCAUCAGGUCCCUGCGAGACAGAUGCAUUCUUCGCGACCAUCGACCAGUCAACGAACUCCCAGUCAAAAUGCUGCUAUGGAAGCAGAUGCAGUCGAGAUCCUGCUCUUUAUGGCCAGUCCCAACAAUUCUGGACAUAAUCCUCCUUCACAGACAUCUCCAGAUCCAUCUCUUCGGUCGGCACCAACUUUACCAUCACCACUUCGUACUCAAUUCAGCCAGACAUCUGUGACGUCUCCCAAGAAAGUGACAUUCUCCGAAGCAGGAUCGACAGAUGUUUCUUUUGAUAAAUCCGCUCUCAUUGAUCGAAUUUUGGACGAACUAUCUGACGAUGGCGAUGAUGGAUUAGAACAGGCCCUCAGACUUGCGGAAAAGGGCAAAACGGCAACUACAGUAUCGACUUGA